GGAAUCGUCCACGAAGUGCGUCAGUCAGCUCAGCUCAUGCUGAACCAGCUGUUGCAGCAGCUACGUAGCAACUCCCAACUUCCUGUGUGCCUGCGUGUGAUUGGCUACCUGCGCAGGAUCGACGUGUUCACGGAGGCGGAGCAACGGGUCAAGUUCCUGCAGGCGCGGGGCAGCUGGCAACGGGUCAAGUUCCUGCAGGCGCGGGGCAGCUGGCUCCGUUCCAUCCUGUCCACGGUCCCCGAUGAUGACCCUUACUGCCACAUCACCAAGACCAUCGAGGCCUGUCGCGUACACGUUUGACAUCAUCACCCAGUACAGAGCCAUCUUCUCUGACGAGGACCCCCUGCUGUCUCCCGGUGGUCAGGACCAGGUGGUGAACGAAGGGGCCAUCUUCCACGGCUGGGUGGUGCAGCAGGUAUCCGAGUUCCUGGUGACUCUGGACCGAGACCUCCAGAGGGGGGUGGGCGGCCGCCUGGACUCCCUGCUGGGACAGUGCAUGUACUUCGGCCAGCUGGCUCCGAUGUUUCAGCGUGUGGCGGCCGAUACCUUCCAUAAAGCUGUAGAGGAAGCCAUAGAGAGGUUCCAGGAGGACAUGAACCUGUAUACUCUGAUCUCUCUCCCCUCUAUGCUGGGUGGGGGCUCCAUGCCAGGUACCCUCCAGACCACCAGUACCCAGCCAUGUACCCUCCAGCCCCCUAUGGCUCUGCUGGAUUUCCCCCCUCUGGCCUGCUUCCUCAACAACAUCCUGACGGCCUUCAACGACCUCAGGCUCUGUUGUCCCCUCGGUCUGGCCCAGCAGGUGACCAAGUACCUGGAGGACGCCCUGGUAAAGGUCACCAAGUUGAUCGUGGCGUUCCACCGGGCUGAAGAGACGGCCUUCAGCGACCGAGAGAAGGAGCUGUUUGUCCAAUUCUGCUGUUCCUUCGCCGAGGACAUGGUGCCUUUCCUCAACCGCUGUCUACAUGUCCUGUUCCCUCCAGCACAGCUCUCUGUCAUACUGGGUGUCCCUCCGACUCAAAUCCAGAAGUACAGCAGUCUGGGUUGUAUUGAUGUGAGUGUAGUCCUGGAGUCUCUGGGGUUUGUUCUUCCCAAGAGGGAGACGGUGACUCCGAUGAUCGAAGACCUCAGUGUUGAACUGGACGGUCUCACCACAGCUGAUCCUCAACCGACACUUCCUGUUGACAACCCGGGACUUCCUGAACCAAUAACAGGCCCGGAACCUAUAGAGGAUGAUCCCAUGGUCUCAUCCACCAUAUCUACUGAGUUUGUGUCCGAGACAGGUCUGACCUCUGACCCUGAACUGGAAGCCAUUUUGAAUGACCCUAACCCUGUAUUGGACAACCCAGAGAGACCAAGGGCUGACAGCCACCGUGAAGUACAGGAAGACCCUGAGUUGGAGGCCAUAUUGAAUCCCCCAAAGCCUGUUCUGACCAGCCCAGAACAUAACCCAGUCCCAGAGGUAAACCCAGAAGGAGACAGUGAGCCAUCAGAGCCUGAGGUAAACCCGGAAGUAGCAGAGAGUUAACCCUCAGGAAUAUUGGCACGGUAGACUAACAAUAACCUGGAAUUAAUGGUUUGAAUCUGUUACUGUGCAUUUUGACGAGUUAAUUUUACAAUUUACCCUUUCAGGAAUGUUUCCAAUGCUUUAGCUUUUAUAUCGUGCCAUCUAAUCUGGGUUUGACAAUGUGGUAACUGAACUAUGUAAUAUUAUUAAAAUAGUUUAUUUUUCGGCUGUAAGAUGGAUCGUCGUUAUUAAAAUAUAUCCAAAACAGAA